ACAUUCGCAGAUGUUGAGGUCAAGCUCGAUAGCAGAACCUUCGAUCUCGGCUUCUCCUCCACCCAGUUCCUUUGUUACAACCAAGGUAACUCAUACCCGCUCCACGAUGGCCACUUCGCUCCUCUUCCCCCGAGCCCCGCUUUUCCUUUCAAAUCCUAAACCUAACCACCGCCCUUACCGCUACAAUCCUCUCUCUCUCCACCUCAAAAACAAACCCCUUAAAGCUUCCCUCCAAACUCCUCAAAUCUCAACUCAUUCCCCCUUACUCACCGAUUCAACUCGCACCGUUACCACAAUUUUAUCUCUGACAUUCUCUCUAUCCGGGUUGUUCGCCAAAUCCAUCCAAAACUUUGCUCUCUCUCUAAUCCCCAACCCACAGAACCUCCUCUCCUUACAAUCUUUACAAAAUAAUAUGGUCCACACGGUGGGCCCCUUGUUUUUAGCGGCCGCGCGUGACCGUCCUACCGGGUCUCUGAACACGCCGUUGACGGUUGUUGCCGCAGGUUUGGUCAAGUGGCUAGAUAUAUACAGUGGGGUUUUGAUGGUUAGGGUUUUGCUGAGUUGGUUCCCGAACAUUCCGUGGGACCGCCAACCGCUUUCGGCGAUUCGGGACUUGUGUGAUCCUUAUUUGAAUUUGUUUCGAAAUAUAAUUCCUCCUAUUUUCGAUACAUUGGAUGUUAGCCCGUUGUUAGCUUUUGCGGUUUUGGGAACGCUCGGCGCCAUUCUGAAUAGCAGUGGGGGAAUGUAGUGACGUGGAUUAAUGGGUGAUGAUGAACUAAAAUAAGGAAUGAUAUUUUGUUUUUGGCUUUUAUGUUUUUUAGGGUAAGUCUAAUUGUAGUUACUGGAAUACUUCAUUUCGUUGAGAUACAUAAAUUUUGUAAGCUCGCCGGAUAAUGUUUUCUUUGACAGAGAUUGUUAUAAUUAUUUUUUUCUUUUGUGAGAUA